AUGCCCUGUGAACUCAGGCAACUGCUUUCAGGCUUCUGUCCUGCGAGUAAAGGAGGGUUUUUUUUGGUCGCAAAGAGCAAGGCCUCAGAGGAGAGCGAUGCUCCUCCACCCAAAAGAGCCCACAUCUUUUAUGGCAGUUUGGAAGAGAAGGAAAGAGAGCGUCUUGCAAAAGGAGAGUCAGGCCUGCUGGGAAAAGAGGGCGUGAAGGCUGCAAUUGAGGCUGGCAACAUUAACAUAAGCAGUGGUGAGGUCUUUGAUCUCGAAGACCAUAUGAGCGAGCGUCAGGCCGAAGUCUUAGCCGAGUUUGAGCGCAGGAAGAGAGCCCGGCAAAUCAACGUUUCCACUGACGACUCUGAAGUGAAAGCCUGCUUACGAGCCCUUGGGGAGCCCAUCACGCUCUUUGGAGAAGGUCCUGCAGAAAGGAGAGAGAGAUUACGAAAUAUCCUUUCAGUGGUUGGCACAGAUGCCUUGAAAAAGAGUAGGAAAGAUGAUGACAAGUCUAAAAAAUCCAAAGAAGAGUAUCAGCAAACCUGGUACCACGAAGGACCACGCAGUCUGAAGACAGCUAGGCUGUGGCUUGCUAACUACUCGCUCCCCAGGGCAGUGAAGCGGCUAGAAGAAGCCCGGCUGCUCAAAGAGAUUCCAGAGGCAACCAGAACAUCACAGAGACAGGAGCUACACAAAUCCCUGAGGUCCUUGAAUAACUUCUGCAGUCAGAUUGGAGAUGAUCGGCCGCUGUCCUACUGCCAUUUCAGCCCCAAUUCCAAAUUCCUAGCUACUGCCUGUUGGAGUGGGCUGUGCAAGCUCUGGUCUGUGCCUGACUGCAACCUUGUUCAUACCUUACGAGGACAUAACACCAACGUAGGAGCAAUAGUCUUCCAUCCCAAAGCCACUGUCUCCUUAGACAAGAAAGAUGUUAACCUGGCCUCGUGUGCGGCUGAUGGUUCUGUCAAACUUUGGAGCCUUGAAAGUGAUGAGCCAGUGGCAGAUAUUGAAGGUCACGCCAUGAGAGUGGCACGUGUGAUGUGGCACCCAUCUGGAAGGUUCCUGGGCACUACCUGCUAUGAUCACUCAUGGCGCUUGUGGGACUUAGAAGCUCAGGAAGAGAUCCUCCAUCAGGAGGGACACAGCAAAGGGGUCUACGACAUUGCCUUUCACACAGAUGGGUCUCUUGCUGGGACUGGCGGGCUGGAUGCUUUUGGCCGGGUGUGGGACUUGCGCACAGGACGCUGCAUCAUGUUUCUAGAAGGCCACCUGAAGGAGAUCUAUGGGGUUAACUUCUCCCCAAACGGAUACCACAUUGCAACUGGCAGCGGUGACAAUACUUGCAAAGUAUGGGACCUCCGUCAGAGGAAGUGCAUCUACACCAUUCCUGCCCAUCAGAACCUGGUGACCGGGGUGAAGUUUGAACCCAAUCACGGUAACUUCCUGCUCACAGGCGCUUAUGAUAACACCGCAAAGAUCUGGACUCACCCUGGCUGGUCCCCUUUGAAAACACUGGCUGGGCAUGAGGGGAAGGUGAUGGGACUGGAUAUCUCCCUCGAUGGCCAACUGAUAGCGACAUGUUCAUAUGACAGAACCUUCAAGCUGUGGACAGCAGAAUAGCUCAGAGUUGCUGAUGAACUGGAACUGAGAUGUUAAUGGUUUUGAACUCGGACAUUUUUGUUUUUUUAUAUUAAAGGAAAAAAAGGAAUCGGCUAUCGUAACAUGCUGUAGUCACUGGCUGGUCUUGGUUUCCUGGUUGAGGUGGUUUUGAAGCAUCUGUGUGUGCCAGGGUUUGGUUGGAAUCAAAGCCUGGGUGAUGUUUUCACACUUUUUAGAACUUUCUUUUUACACUCUGGACAUUGUUCCCCUGCUAUAAUUUGGAGAUGAACCAUCUACGCACGUGCAUCACCUUGCCUCCAAGCCAGUCUCCCAGAUUUUCUCCAGUCUAUUUUUAAACAUUUGUAGAUAGCCAUGUAACUCUUCAAGUAUAGUGUGUUGAACAGCCUCUAGUAACAUCCUUCUUACCUUCUGUUUACCAGGAGCCUGUGGUAGAAGUCUGUGGCUUCAGACUUGAUACUGGCUGUCAAGAGUUACAGGAAAAUGGUACCCUCGUUCUCCUACAUCUGUAAAGUUGGCCUCUGAAAGUGGAAGACUGUAUCCCCUUUGUAUUUACUCACAGUAGAUUUUAGAGGCCAGGGGAUUUUUUUUAAAAAAAACUUUUCAUGAAGCGUCUCAGACUAUCUUAUACCCUAGCUCUUGGAGCUGUCUCAAGAAUUAGAUGUUUCAAAUUCAUGUAGGUGUCUCCUGUUGUAGUUGUUGCUGUGCCUCACCUGAGGUAAUACAGAGCAGGCUAUUUCACUGUAAGAUUUUCUUGUUCUAACUUGCACUGUGAGGAACUUUCUCUUUUGUUGUUUAGACUUUAAAUUGAAGUUUUGCAAAUGUGACAUUCUGAAAAAUCAAAACGUGUUCUGAAUAUGCAUCCUAGCUUCUGGGUUUGACUAAGGGAUGGAGACAUUACAGGUACUUCACAAUUCACACAGUUCUCUAUCUGCUAUCUUAAAAAGUCUUCAGGAGAAAAGAGAAAAUUUUCCUUUGGUCACCUGGAAAGCAGCUGUCCAUCUUCCUUGGGAAGAUGGAACACAGUUCUGUUUUCAACCCUUGACUUAAUGCAUUUGGGGAUCGUGUUGUUCUAAGAAAAAAAAAAACCCACCGGCGAGUUGAUAGUCUGCUUUGCUGCAGUAUCAUUGCAUCCCCCCUUCUCACAGAGGGGUGUGGGUUUCUCCUCCCUUCCAGAAAAAUGCUGGCAUCUGCUGCAUGCCACUUUUUAGUUAUUCCCAAGGAAACUGUAGAUAUGGGACAAGAGGCCAGUGAAUAACAAAAGUAUUUAAUUGCAAUCUCCUCUUGUGUAAUAAGCCUAGAUACUCAAGCUACCUGCUCACAAGCCAGUUUAGUAGCUCCUGAGGGCUCUACUAAAAUUUAUUUUGCUGCCUGAAGAUCCAUCUCUGAGCAAUGAGUAUUUGGUCAGUGCUAUUGUAAAUGAGCUUACUCUGCACAGCCCAGGCUGACCUCACUCGGCUGAGGGUGUGGAGCUGCACGGCCCAGCCUGCCUGCUGCGAAGUCAUCCCCACACCAGCUAGGCUGGAGCCUGAGAGCUGCCGUUUCACCAGCCUGAGGUGUGACUGUGCUUUCUGGCUCUCCUGAGGCCCCUCUGUAUCGCGGUGUAAUGAUUCCCUCCGGUGUCCGGGUGCGGCUGGGAUGGCCCGUGGCACCGAUGCUCAUCAGGUUCCUCCUGUGUGAUUCUGGCUGGGGCUGGGAGGCUUUGUGGGGUGCAGAGCAAGGCCUCUGGGAGAAGGGCAGGACCCUGAGAGUGUGGAACCUGGCAGAUUGUAACAGCUACUGCUCGUUCUCCAGCAGCGUGACCCAGGAGCCCUGCUGCGGGGCUGGAGGUAGCCUUCCUAGCUGUCCAGAGCGGGGAGAGCUCCCUUACUUAGCUCUCAUGCAAGAGGUUGGGCACUCUGGGCUGUGCCUGGUAGUCACUGUGGCUGUUCCCAAAGCGCGCUGCAGUGCGUGGGGCUUUGAGGUCUCCCUGGGCAAGGGAGGUCCGCUAGGCAGGCUAGAAGGCUGGGGCAUUUCUCAGCAGGUUGUGUUCACAGGUCAACCCAGGCCGAGCAGUCACCCAGCAGGCUCCCGUGCAGGACAGCAGAGAGCCAGAAAUGAGAGCCAGGGGGUUGCAGAGAGCCUGCUGCUUCGUAGCGCAGCGCUCUGCUUUGAACCUGAGCGCUCUCGGUCCCUUGAUGUGUAAGGACGUAGAUUAUUUGUCUCCUGCAGGCCUCUGAGGCCACCAUGCCUUGAGCGGGCUCCGGCUG